UAUAUAAAACGGUUAAAGUGACCACAUCAGCCAGUUCUAUUGCACUAUCUGUGAAGCUUCGACGUUAGUUAGUACAAUGCACAGCCUCACAGUGUUCGUGUUCGCGCUCGUCGUGACCAUGGCUCUCGCAGCCGGUCAAUACUACGUGCCUCGCUCGUACUACACAAUAGACGCGGAGGGUCACGUGUCUGCGCCGGUGCCGCUGCGCAGGCUCCGCCGCUCCCUGAACCCCUACCCCUACCAGUAUGGAGGCUCCAGCGCCAGCGCCAACGCAAAUGCUGAAGCUAAUGCUUGGGGUGGUGGCGGCGCAAACGCGAAUGCUAACGCUAACGCACGCGCCAACGCCGGCGGCUGGGGAAUUCCCGGGGGCGGCUAUGGAGCUGGCAAUCCCAACGCACUUAGCUACGGUGAAACGCGGCGGCAAGCAGGACCAAUUUUUGGUGGUCGGUCCGUAAGCGCCGGUUCUUCCGUGGGCAUCGACUCUACUGGUCAGGGUUAUUAUGACCAAUACACUUCAGUUGGAAAUUGAAUAUGAAAACCAAAAAAUUUACUUACCUAUUGAAAUUAAAUUCACACGAUACGAUAAAACGUCAAUUUUUCUUAAUAAUUAGGUAUGACUUAAAACAAUAAUAAUUGUAAUGUACAUUUUUUAAGUUAUAGCCUGUAGAUAUGCUGAUGAAUGAGUCUACUAAAUUAAGGUUAAGGGAUUGUGGCAAUAAAGAGAAUAUAAAAUA